GCCAUUCACAUGACAUGACAAACUCCCCAUAUUUCCACCAUUCCCUAUUCUCAUUCAUUUCAGUUAUCGCAUACCCAGAAGAAUCUCAUAAAGCAAAAGGAAAAAAUGGCCUACUUGCCGGAUGAAUCCGAAUUCGACUGUUUCGAAAGCUUACCCGACCCGAUUGUGCUCCUCAUCUUCAACAACAUAGCUGACAUCAAGUUUCUCAUUCGCUGUCGAUCAGUUUCCAAGCGGUUCAACUCGCUUGUCCCUCAGACGGAUUCAGUCCUCCUCCGUGUGGACAGGGUAAUCUCCGCCACCGACUCGGAGUUUGAUGAUGGUGUUUCGUUUGUUUUCACACUCUUCAAAUCCUUGUACAAGUCACUUCAGGAUCUCAUUUCGCCACACAGGACUUCCUUGCCUGACCCGACCCGGUCACAGAACUCUCCGACCCAGAUCCUUCGCGGGUUCAACGGGAUAAAGAACCUCCGAAUCGAGUUGCCUUCUGGAGACCUGAGGCUCGAGAAGGGAACAACGAUCAAAUGGGUGACGAGAUUUGGGAAAACCUUGAAGAGUUGUGUAAUUUUAGGGUUCAGAAAUAGUGUCACGGGUUCGGAAGGAAUGUUGGAUUUUAAUGAUAAUGAUGGCGCCGGUGCUGGACUUGGAGCUGGAGGUGGCCUGAAAAUGCGCGUUGUAUGGACUAUAAGCGCUUUGAUCGCCGCCUCUGCAAGGCAUUACAUGAUGCUGGACGUGAUUAGCGAGCAAAAUCAUCUUACAAAUCUCAUUGUAAACGACAGGGAGAACGAGGGAACUGUAAUAGUAGACAAAGACGGACUGCAAGAAUGCCGGAAUUUGUCCGUAGAGGAAGAAAUAAACGAAAGCAGCAACUUGACCGAAGGCGGAUUGUGGUGGAGGACUAAUAGGACGACAGUACCUGCAGUGACAAUGAGGAUGAGGCACGAGGCAAGAAUGGAACUUUCUGGAGGAAUGAUAAUGGAGGGUGCCACAUUGGUGGUGGUACGGCCGGUGAGCGGGGGUGGGGAGCGGGGUGAGGUGGAGGAGAAGAGCGGUGAUAUUGAAUUGGCCACCGAAGCAUUCGGAAAAGAAGGAAUUUAUGCUGAGGCUGCAGAGAGAUUGCUCAAGAGCAGAACUUACAUUCUUGAAAUGAACUCCUUUUGAUUUACAAGUUUGAAUCAUCACAGUUAAUUGUUUUUCGUCGUAGUAAAUUUUGUUGGCUGAUUUAUUGGCCACUCAGAAAUGUUGUAGUAUUUGUAAAUAUUAACGCUGUCUUGUAUUGUUUAAUGAUAAAUUGUUGUUGUUCAGUUUGUAAGUAAAAAUAUACGAAAUACAGAGUAUUUGUCAUUUGGCCGUAA